AUGUCGACUCAAUCACCUCAUCCUCCUACGCCCAAGGGCCCUCGCAAUAACAACAACAAUCGCCGGCCACUACCCAAGAAGAACACCACCCCACACGCCCAGAAGGUGGCCCUGUUGAAUACCCCUCCAUCCUCACCACCACGCAAUAUGAGUCCAGCUGGGGUAGCCACUGAUUCCCCCAUUCCUAAUAAUGUCCAUUCCAAGAAGAAGCCUCCCCGCUCUGGGAAGAAGCCCAAGGACACGAAUCGAGCCGAGCCUGCUUCGAAUGGAUAUAAUGGAGCGAAUGGAUCUCACGGACACCGACACACCUCUUCUCGCUCGAACAUUACCCCGCAACCCAAGGAUAGCGCAUAUGCAGGACCUACUUUCCACGCAUCACCGGCGCCAUCAGCAUUGCCAAUUCCAAGCUUCUUUUCCAAGUCGCUACCUGAAUCAGACCUUGCGACAACACUCGAGACUGAUAGCGAUACCGCUGACACGGAGGGCGACCUCGAAACAACUCCUUCCAAGCCCCGGGCUCGCCCUCCGCAGCCCGCAGCUGAUGAGCCCAAACCUACUCCUCUGGAUUUCCUGUUCCAGGCUGCUGUGCAGGCGCGACAGUCCAAUCCCAUGAGCAGUCCCGAGUCUAGCAGUCGCGUGCGUUCCCCUCAAACUGAGCCGAGACUGCCUUACUCCAAUCCGCCUGGUGGCAUGUUCUCAUUUGAGAUGGGAUCCGAAAAUGGACGUACAUCUAAUAUCGGACCUUCCUUUGCCCCGUCUUACCAAGAUCGCAUGUCUGCUUUCCGAUCCAACAGCUCGCCACCUACCGAGUCUCCAGAGGCCGAGGAGGAGCGACGCAUGAAGAAUGCGGAGUUGAGGCAUCUACUUCUUAAUCCGCGCCCCCAGAAGUCGGCGUCGGGCUCUCCAGCUCAAGAUUAUCCUGCCAAUCACGGGGGCCGUCCUCACAUUAAUCCCAACCUUCCUCCAUAUGCGACUCCCAGUCGAACUAGCUCUGGUCCUCCCGCUCCAGUCAAUCGUGGAUACUCUCCGGCACAGCUUCCGCCAAUGCCCAACCACGGCGGGUACCCAUAUGGUUACGCGAACGGUCACCACGUUCGUAAUACGGAGUCACCGCUGAGACGUGAAGUCCCUCCUCAUCAGUACCAUGUCCCGUCGCCUGGUCCAUAUGGCAACCAUUACAUGGGACAAGCACCAGCGCGGGCUGCUGUGCCCCCGAAUAACUACGUAUCUCCGCAACCUCAAUACGCCACUGCCGCCUUCCGGAUGCCCACUCACUCACCGUCGCCCUCCAAGCCCGUGGAUACCAAGAAGAUGGAAGAUGAUCUUCGACGCAUCUUGAAGCUGGAUGCGGCACCCGGCAUCCAGAGCUCUUUCGCUUAA